AACUUUCCACGAACGAAGGAGAAACGACGAAAACGAACGAUGGUUCAUCGUCUUUCAACCAAAUUUCGAAAUCUGAAGCCUAGCGAUCUUUAUGCAGCUUUACGAUAUGCUGUCCUGUGGCCCUUUUAUCUCGUCGUAUUCUUGGAGCAACACCGUCGAGCGACACUUGCUCGGCGAGCCCAAACCUGGCAGCAACCACCAGACUUUAUCUUGCGCCCUCUUGCCCGCCUCGUUCUGACCAUAUUCCCAGUAACAGUUCAAAAUGAGGCGAUAGUCGCUCAACUCACUGAGCAGAAUUCCCGCAUCCUUUAUGUGGAAAAUCAUCAGCUGCUGGCGCUCGAGCUUGCCACUACUUUGUCGACCGUUUAUUUACUGACAGGACGUCUCCCACGUGGUAUUAUGGAUCGCGUUCACCUCAAAAUACCGCUGUGGGCAGAUUUGCUCACAGCUCUUGGUGCAAUUAACGGAGAUCCCGCAUCAGUAGCUGACGCAAUGGCUAAGGGCCACAACCUCCUUGUCCUCCCCGGAGGACACCACGAGGUUUACCGUAAAAAAUCAGACAGAAAGUAUAGCCUCCAGUGGCGAAAAAGAGCUGGAUUUGCCCGUCUCGCUGUCCAGCAUCAGUAUACUAUCGUGCCCAUAUCUGGCAUUGGAUGCGAGGACAUGCUACACAUACUUACGGAUGUAGCUAUACCGGAUGGAUUUAUGAGCAAGGUGAUUCGGGACGAACGAAAGGGCAUGAGCCUUCCUAUUUGCCUACCAGUAAGCUAUGAAAUGCAGUAUUUCCGCUUUGGCAGGCCAAUUAGAUGUGACAAGUUAAACGGAAACUGGGAAGACGUAGACAAGGUUUGGGGUAUCCGAGAGAAAACAAGGCGAGCGGUUGAAGGAGGAAUAGAGAAAUUGAUAGCAAAACGGAGCAGCGAUGGUAGAAAAAGAUGGGUAGCAUCAGGCUUGGUCCGCCGUUUUCAGAAACUGGCUACAGGCGAGGAACUUGUUUGUCUGGCGUGAAGGAGACGGCGGAUCAACAGUAAUAAUUGUUACAAUUGAAGUAGCCUGUUAGUUAUAUCAAUAUUCAAACAAAAUAAUAAGACGAGCGGGCGUUGAUUGUCUGUCACUGCAGAAUCCCUU